AUGAAAAAAAUUAGUCAAGAUUUAUCUCGUUUUAAGUCGGAAAUGAAAAGAAGAUGGACUGAUUCUCACUAUAAAGAAGAUUAUUUUCUGAAAAACAAUAAAACAUGGCUAGAAGGCACCUUUGUUAGACCAAAAGUUACAAACCCAACAGGACGACCACAUAAAUAUUUUUCAGAGUUAAGUGAAAGGAGUAAACGAAGAAAAACGGAAGAUUUACGCAAACAUACUGAGUUAGAAGUGCUUACAUACGCUACUCAAUCAAAACUAGGUAAAACUGGAAGGAAAGAUGCU